AUGAGCCCGGACGCGCGUCAUUCCCUUUUCGGGUUCUGGGGAGGACUCCCUGUAGUUCUCCUUGUGGCUCAGACGCCUCGAGGACGUGAUGAGGAUGAGGUCCACUACGUGGACAUCGCUACAAAAGGCCUACUUCCUAACGGGCUUUCUGUACGGGGUGGCUCGAGAGAAGGUGGAAGAAUUACCCGACGACGAACGCGAAGAUUACGCCCAGGUAGUGGCCCACCUAAAAAAUCCUUUGAAGGACCCCAACACCGUUACAUGGCUCGCCAGGCCCUCUCAUCUUGUCAGCAACAGACUGGUGAGUCGACUUUCACUUUCGCCAAUAGACUUUUGCUCUUGGUGCGAGCAGCUACCUCAGGGCAGGACCCCGCUAGUCAAAAGGAUAGGGUCCUUGAGGAAUUCGUAGCUCGGCUGCGGCCCGACAUCCGUUACUAUGUUAAACUUGAUAACCCGGCCACGUUAGAGCAGGCCGUGGCAAAGGCGCAAAUGGUGGAGCAGCUCCUGAAGCCACCGCCGAUCGCCUUAUAA